UACCUUUACAGCCUUCGGUUUUAGUAUUUUUGUUGAAUCUGCCGGAGGAAUAAAAAUAAUAUAAAUUUGCCAAUAAUACAGAUUUGUGCUAUUGAAUACUUGUAAAAACCAACAAUUUUUUCAAUUGUGUACUUGCAGAUGGUAUUACUUAUAACAGUGAUUAAAGAUGGCAACACAUGAAGGAAUUCAUUCAUACUUUUCAAAAUUAAGUUCCCUCUCCGAAAAGAUUACGCGCGAUGUAAAUAAUGUAAAAUCUGCGUACAGUCCAGAAGCCUGGCUUAAAUUGACUUUAAAUGAACAGGAAAAAAUAUUAAACAGUCACUUAAUAAAUCCCGAUAUAUAUACCAAGUAUUAUAAUAGGCUCGAGGAACAAAAACGACAAAUAAAAACAGAUAAUUUAAAAAAUGACCAAAAACUUUGCUUUAGUGACGCUGUAUAUUCAUUUAACGGAAAAGACCUGCACACGUAUAUUUUGCAAAAUGUUGGCUUAAAACUAUUACAUGAUGAAAAUACCAGAGAUAGUCGUGAUGAACAUUCAUUUCCAUUUAGUUAUCGAACUAAGUCCCAAAUAAAAAUAUCACUAAAGGAAUGUGAUGAAGUCUCUGAUCCCGGAGUUCCCAUUGAUGCAUCGAACGUGCUUUAUUUAACGUUAAUGACGAACGUUUCGCGCAGCCCAAAACUACCCAGUCUACAUACUUAUGACUGUGAUAUGACUGACGUUAACCAGAGUAAAGUAAUUACCAAUCUAAUAAGCGACCAAAAAAGUAUAUGUGUAUAUAAUAAUGAGGAAUGUUUUGACUCGAAUCAAGAACUGCAACUCUUGGUCAGUUUUGGAUCAAAAAGCAGUAUGUCGAACGACUUGUCUGAUAAUGAAAAUGAGUUUAAAGAUAUUCGACAAGAUGAAAAUGCUAAGCUUUUAACACCUGAAAUCCCUAAGGGUUUUGAUUUUCUCAAUAAUUGGUAAAACUAAUUUUAAAUACAUACAAGCGAUUGCUUUUAUAACAUCGCUAAACAUUUACAAUAUAAAAUUUCAUCUGAUGCUCUUUUUAAAUAAAACAAACAUACAUUUUUCAAAUAAUCAUACCACAAAAAAAAAUCAUUGUUUUACUCUAAAGCAAAACAUUUAAGUAUUCACAGUUAAUUAAACCUAACUCGCAGUUUGAAAUUCUCGUGGAUGGGUCGGCUUUAUUCUGUCAUAAUAACUAUAAAACGUUUUUGCUGGAAUUGAGAGUAAAAACAUGGGCUUACUUAAUGUGUGGCUCAACUUAAAAUAAUUUUAAAACUACACUGUUUCUUAAAUAGAGUGACAAUUCGUGUAGCUGACAUAUGGUAUGUCUAUUAGAUCUGAAGGGCUAUUUAAAUGAAGUUCACAAGUUUGUGAUCGCAAUCCCUACAUUCUUUAAAUCUGCUUACAUUAAAUACUUUACAUUCCAAAAAGUAUUACCUAGAAAUAGAAAAACUAUACAACCGCAAAUUUGUAAACAUAUUUCGUCAGUUAUUAUAA